AUCUGCAAGGUUUCCCCGACGGCAGACUGGCCAUCAAGCAGAAGGGGGACGAGAUGCGGAGGAAGGCGGACAUGGCGCUUUCCCAGAAGAAGAAGGUCUCUGCUGCAUCACUGUUGGCUUCUUCCCUCAGCCCCGAGGCAGUUGUUCAGAAGCUACAGAAGUCCAAGGCUACAGCUACUGUGACAGCAACGACAACCUCUCUUGGCGAUUCGGAGCUGGUGGAAGCAGCCGUUGCAGCCGAGUCACAGGCUUCUGCGACCAAGUCUGCCCCUGUUGUCCCGGCAAAAGAUGUGCCGCUCUCAACUGCGACAGAGUUGCGGAAGGAAGUUAACCUUGCAAGUAUUAUGAAGCAGCCAGGUAUGCAUUAGCAUUGAUGAGCAUCAGCCAGUUGUGGUACUACCCACCACAGCCAGCCAGUGUCAACACAGGCCUGCCAAAUGUUGACCGGUACUUUGGCCACCCCCUCCUGUGCUGGAUGCCGCGUCGUCUCUGGAGGACGCGCUUCGAAUGCCAAAGCUGUCGUAAGGAGAUGGUGUCCGCUGGUCCGUACGAACACGUCCGCGAGGUCUUGGGGCUCACUGGCUAUUAUUACUGUGUGACAGAAGAGUUGCAGUGUAAAGGCUGCCAGAAGCGACUUCUCAGCUGGAGCCAGGCCCACCUCGACCAGCUGGACGCAUACCACAGACAACUGUUUCCUGUGCUGCUUACCUACAAGUACGCAUGUGACAUCACUGUUGUGACCCUUAUGCGGACGCGGGGUCUUAGCAACAGUGCAGCGCAGCUUCGGGGCAAGCUUGUGGAGGAACACAGCCAGGAGUGGAUGCGGAAAGCCGGGCACUACCUAGGUGACUGCGAGUCCAUCUUUAACUCCAAGCUCGUUAGCCGACAGUCCAUCUGUGAGCCACCCGCACAGCCCGAGGUUCCGUCUGCCUUCUGGUUGAGGUCGGUCUACUGCAACGACAUCAUGGCCAGGGUGGAUGCAGUCAAGGCGGCCAUCACGUCUACUUUUGGCAGAAUCCUGAAGAUCGACUCAACCAAAAAGGUCACCAAGAAGCUGACGGGUCAGACCAGAGGCAACGCCACAUGGGCCACCAACGUCGGCAAUGAGAAGGGCCAGGUUCUCAUGUGCGUCAUGACAUGUGCCAAGGGAAUUGGGCUCGGACCCAUGAUUGCCGGACUGGUCGACCGGAUGACAGGGCUGGGCAACCGCCGCCACAGGUGGUACAUAUAGAGAAAAAUGCCCUGCUCACUGGCGGCCAUGUUUAUCACCGAUCUGGACUAUUUUCGAACUCGUCCAAGAUAUCAAUAGAACCAAUGUUUUGACCAACUUUCAUCAUGAUGAAUAAGGAAAACUGCCCCCCCCCCCCCUGGCAGCCAUGUUAUUCAACUGAUCGGAAGUCCGGAACCGUUUUCGAACUCAACUCUCAUAUCAAGGAAACAAAUGUUCUGACCAAAUUUCAUGAAAUUUGGGCAAAAUUGUGAAUUCUAGAGUGUUCACAUGUUUUCAAUAUAUACAUAUAGAGAAAAAUGGCCCGCCCACUGGCAGCCAUGUUUUUUCACCGAUCUGGACCAUUUUCGAACUCAUCUGAGAUAUCAGUAUAACCAAUGUUUUGACCAACUUUCAUGAUGAUUGGGCAAAAAUUGUGACUUCUAGAGUGUUUACAAGGUUUCUCUAUAGCCAAAUAAAGAAAACUGCCCCCCACCUCGGCAGCCAUGUUAUUCAACUGACCGAAACCGUUUUCGAACUCAACUCUCAUAUCAAGGAAACAAAUGUUCUGACCAAAAUUCAUGAAAACUGGGCCAAAAAUGUGACUUCUAGAGUGUUCACAUGUUUUCACUAUAUACAUAUAGAGAAAAAUGCCCCGCCCACUGGUGGCCAUGUUUUUUCAACAGACCAGAACCAUUUUCGAACUUGUCCGAGAUAUCAAUAAAACCAAUGUUUUGACCAACUUUCAUGAUGAUAGGGCAAAAAUUGUGACUUCUAGAGUGUUAACAAGGUUUCUCUAUGGCAAAAUAAGGAAAACUGCCCCGCCCACUGGCGGGCAUGUUUUUCAACGGACUGGAACCACUUUUGAACUCAACCAACAUAUCAUUAAGACAAACAUUUUGACAAAGUUACAUGAAGAUUGGGCAUGAAAUGUGACUUUUUCUUUUUUUGACCUUGUGACCUAGUUUUUGACCCGGCACGACCCAGUUUCGAACUCGACCGAGAUUUCACUGGCACAAAGCUUCUGACCAUGUUGCAUGAAGAUCGGACAAUAAAUGUGGCCUCUAGAGUGUUUAGGAACAAAUGUGGAUAAACGGACGACAGUCGGACGGACAAAGACCGGUCACAAAAGCUCACCUGCACAAUCAGGUGAGCUAAAAAAUGUCACAGAAGAUUUCUUAGAUUGCUUCACUUUUUUUCAAAAAGUUGCAUCUUUUUUCACAGUUUCAGAAUACAGCAAU